AAUGAUGAUAGUAUAAACUUGUAUGUACGAAAAUGAACGAGAGUAGGAGGUAAGAGAGGUUUCGACUGAGAAAUGGCUUCUCAGCAUCUCUCUUCUUUUUCGGCUUCAACCAUUCCCUCUCACCUGAUCUCUCUUUCUGGAACUUCCACUUCUAAGACCUAUAAUAAUGCCAAGUCAAUUGGGUUUCAUACACGAGCUAGUCUGGAAGAGAGGAGCUGCAAUCAUGGAGAUGAAGAACCUUCAGUAGAACAACUUAAGAAAGAGCAACAAGCAUCAGCUUCUCGGCGUAAUUUUAUUGCGUCAGCAUGUUGUAAUCUAGCUUUGAUAAGCACUGCUGGCAGUUUCGUAAUUGUACCCAAGGCUAGCGCUGUGGAAGGACUAGACAGACCUGGAUGUCGCAAUUGUGGCGGUAGUGGUGCCAUUAUCUGUGACAUGUGUGGUGGUACAGGAAAAUGGAAAGCUCUCAAUAGAAAAAGGGCUAAAGAUAUUUAUGAAUUUACUGAAUGUCCAAAUUGUUAUGGUAGGGGUAAACUUGUGUGUCCAGUUUGUCUAGGAACAGGUGUACCUGAUAACAGGGGAUUACUGCGCAAGCCCAAUGCCAAGGAAUUGCUCGAUAAAAUGCACAAUGGACGGUUAUUGCCAGGUUCCUAGUAGUUGGAUCCAUAAAGUUGAACCUGAGUUAUUUACCAGUAUAACCUUGUAAACAUACUUGAGAACUGGAUGGUAAAGAAAGUAAAUUUUGGCACAUUACACAUCAUCCAUGUACUACUAACAGUUUCCACUUUUGUCAUAAUUGGUAAUUAUAUACUCUGU